AUCGAUGGAAAAUCUGUAAUUUUUCAAAAACGUCUUGUGUUAGGGAAUCUGAAAGAAAUUUAUUCAAAAUUCGUUAAAGAUAAUCCUAAUGUGGCAAUUGGCCUAUCCAAAUUUUGUUCUCUUAGACCACCACAUUGCAUUUUAGCAGGUUCUGGAGGCACGCAUAACGUCUGCACGUGCCCUAUCCAUGAAAACAUAAAACUUAUGACAUUAGGCAGUAAUUUGGUGCUUUUAAUGAAAAAAGAGGAAUAUCCAGUAGUUAAUUACGAAGAUGUUAUAAUGCUGUCGUUGUGUCCCAAUCCGAAGGAGGAAUGUUUUUUCAAUAUGUGCAAGGAGUGUUCAAUCUCAAAAACACUGGAGGGUUUGAUUAGUGCAAUAUUUCAAAAAUACGAAAUUAAUGAAGUUACUUACAAAAAUUGGAAUUCACAACCUAGGACAACGUUGAAAACCAUUUGUAUUUCUACCGAAACGUUUAUCCAAAAUUAUUGUUUGGCUAGCGAAACAUUUCUAAUGCAUUCAUUUAUAGCAAAGGAG